GGCAAAGUAGCAAAGGUGAAAGGUGUCCUGGAAACGUCAAAAAAAGAAAGAAAGAAAGACAUUUUUAAUUUCGUCGUGACUCGGUAUCUAUAAACGAAAUCCACGAAGAGAAGUUCUAUAGUGAGACAUAACCGCGUGGUUUUAUUCUUUGAACGGCCACUUUUGGUUUUUAAGUUUUAUUUCCCCGGCUGUCAGCGACAGGAAGACGCCGGGAGUCUGACUGACUGAUGUGUGAUGGGCCUUUCAUGCGGGGAAACCGCGCGCAACCGACCUUGCUCUUAUUUUUAGUGUUAGUGGUCUUCAUGUUUUCGGCACGUUAGUGGCGAAACGAGUUGCCGGAUCAGCCGCGGCUGCUUUCAGCCCUGUUUCGGCACUUUUCACCGAGAGCCCCGCAUCGGUGCUCAGUCGUUCAUGGGCGGCGGGCCCCGAUGGAGUCGCUGGCCGGCUACGUGUACAAGGCGGCCAGCGAGGGCCGGGUCCUGACCCUGGCCGCCCUGCUGCUCAACCACUCGGAGGCCGAGAUCCGCUACCUGCUGAACUAUGUGAGCCAGCAGGGCGGGCAGCGCUCCACUCCGCUCAUCAUCGCGGCCCGCAACGGACACGCCAAGGUGGUCCGGCUGCUGCUCGAGCACUACCGGGUGGACACGGAGCAGACGGGCACGGUGCGCUUCGACGGGUCCGUACAACAUCCCCUCCCUCGUCUUCUAAGUUAACGCCUCUGACUCUGAAAGUGUGACUUCUCGUUCGUUUGUGUGGUGUUUUCACCUGCUUUCCCUGUUCUCAGAAGUCUUUUUUUGCUCCCGGCGGUAGCAUAUAAAUAAAUAAGUGAACACUACAUGACAUGUUAUUAAAGAAUCAUGAGGGGAAAAACAGCUGUGACUAACUAACCUGCGCUGCUGGCGGGCAGUGUUAGUGUUGAGGGUCUUUUGUAGUCUAAAGGUUGUUUGAAUCCCACUCCUGCUGUGGUACUCUUGAUAAGUACUUCCCCAAAACUGAUAUAUUAAAAAAUGCUGCUGUAUAGCUAUAGGUAUGUUAUCGAUGGUGCCACUGCUCUCUGGUGUGCCGCAGGGGCUGGCCACUUCGAAGUGGUACAUCUGCUUGUUUUGCACAAUGCCAAUGUGAACCAUACAACUGUCACUAACUCCACCCCCCUGCGGGCAGCCUGCUUCGACGGACGCCUGGACAUAGUGCGCUACCUGGUGGAGCAUCACGCAGACAUUAGCAUUGCCAACAAGUACGACAACACCUGCUUGAUGAUCGCUGCUUAUAAAGGGCACACUGAUGUGGUGCGCUUCUUGUUGGAGCAUGGGGCCAACCCUAAUGCCAGGGCCCACUGCGGCGCUACAGCUCUGCACUUUGCCGCAGAAGCCGGCCACCUCGACAUCGUCAAAGAGCUGGUGCGUUGCCAGGCCGCCAUGGUGGUCAAUGGUCAUGGCAUGACACCGUUGAAGGUGGCCGCUGAGAGCUGCAAGGCAGAUGUGGUGGAGUUGCUUCUCUCCCAUGUGGACUGCGACCCCAGGAGUCGCAUCGAGGCCUUGGAGCUACUGGGUGCCUCCUUUGCCAAUGACCGUGAAAAUUAUGAUAUUCUUAAAACAUACCACUACCUUUAUCUUGCCAUGCUGGAGCGCUACAGGGACUCAUCAAACAUCAUUGCCAAGGAGGUGCUGCCACCUGUAGAGGCCUAUGGUGGGCGUAGGGAGUGCCAAACCCCCCAGGAGCUGGAGGCCAUUCGGCAGGACUAUCAUGCCUUGCACAUGGAGGGACUAAUUGUGCGUGAGAGGAUCUUGGGCUCUGAUAAUAUUGACGUGUCGCAUCCAAUCAUCUACCGUGGGGCUGUCUAUGCUGACAACAUGGACUUCGAUAAGUGCAUCAAGCUCUGGUUACAUGCUCUGAAUUUGCGACAGAAGGGGAACCGCAAUACUCACAAAGACUUAUUGCGCUUCGCCCAGGUCUUCUCACAGAUGAUCCACCUGAAUGAGCCAGUGAGGGCACGGGAUGUUGAGCAGGUCCUGCGCUGCAGUGUGCUAGAGAUUGAGCGGAGCAUGGCCCGUGUGGAGAGCGCCCAGGAGUCUGAGCUGCACUCUGCUAUGGACAACUAUGAGUCUAACAUCUAUACCUUCCUCUACCUGGUUUGCAUCUCAACCAAGACGCAGUGCGGCGAGGAGGAGCGGGCACGUAUCAACAAGCAGAUCUACAACCUCAUCCAGUUGGAUCCACGCUCCCGGGAUGGCUCAUCCCUGCUGCACCUGGCUAUCAGCUCCAGCACACCAGUGGAUGACUUCCACACCAACGAUGUGUGCAGCUUCCCUAAUGCGCAGGUCACCAAACUGCUGUUGGACUGUGGCGCACAGGUCAACGCCGUAGACAACGAGGGCAACAGCCCGCUCCACAUCAUUGUGCAGUAUAACCGACCCAUCAGUGACUUCCUUACGCUCCAUGCCAUCAUCAUCAGCCUGGUGGAGGCAGGUGCUCACACAGACAUGACCAACAAGCAGAAGAAAACACCUCUAGACAAGAGCACCACGGGUGUCUCGGAGAUCCUGCUCAAAACUCAGAUGAAGAUGAGUCUUAAGUGCCUGGCAGCACGUGCAGUGCAGCAACACCAGAUCACCUAUCGCAACCAGAUCCCUAAAACGCUGGAGGAAUUUGUAGAGUUCCAUUGACAGAGAACUAUCUCGUUAUCUCAAUUGUAAUUCAGAUGGUGCUGGCCUUAGUAACGUUUUAUUGAAAUUUAGAAUGUUUAACCUGUUUUAUGUUUAUAAAGGUGUAAGCUUUUGUUCACGUUCAAUCAAUGACCAGCUGUCGCAGAUACCACUUUAAUCUCAGUGAUGGAACAUUUUUUGCAAACAAAACUUUAAUGCAGCAUGAUAUUGGAUCUUCAGAUAUUUCUCUUAUCCAAAUCCAAAGAAACAGCUCUUACAGAGUAUGCCACCCAAUUGAUUGUGGACAAGUAUCUCCUGAGUGUUCUUACACAGAGACUAACAAAGGCAGUGCUCAAGACUGCUAUUGCAGGAUAAAUCCUCUGUAUUUUUCUGCAGGGUGAAUUUUUCUACACUAAGGCCCUUUGCAGCUUAAGGUUUUUAUUAUAUUCUUUCGGUCUUACUGUUAUGAGGUUUGUGACCCUAGAAUAAAAUAGAACAAGGCUCCUUUGAUGAUGGCCUUGUGCAAAGUAUGCGUACUUGGGUUGAGGUGAGCUGAAUCUCCUGGGAUAGUUCAGUUCUGCCUCGAUGAGAGAAUGAGUGUAAUUUGGAUAUUCCUGAUAAUGUCUGAAAUGUCAUGUCAUAGGAUGUGUAUCACUGUUGACCAGAUUCAGAUUCCAAUGUUGAUGUAGUAAAUUAUGGGUACAGAGAAUGCAUCUGCCUUGGGGUAUAAGAACUUCUGUUGAGCUGUUUCUUUUGUAUUUUUAAAACUGAUGUUGUUUAAAGCUUAAUCAGUUGGCCUUAGUAGAUUUGUCCAAUCCUGGAUAAACAUGCCGAUUUACUAUUUUUUUUUAAUUUUUUCAGUACUUCUAAGUAUUGAGAAUUAAUUUUUAGAAAGGGGUGAAAUGGAUCUUAAAAUUCAGCUGCAAGCAGAAAAAAGUUUCCUGACCUAUAUUUGGACUGCACUUUAUUCAUGAUAUUCUUUUUCUUUCUGUUGUGAUUUUUCUUAAUGUCUGAAUCAUGGUUCAUGGCAGGUGUACUUUUGAGCCAAAUUCUUGAAAUACUAAAGAAAAAAAAAAUGCUCUGUUAAAGCCAUGUAAAAUGCCUGUUUUAAUUCAGUGCUGCGCGUGGGUUUGAUUGUGACAUUAAAAACCUUUUAACUGCCAGUGUCCUAAAGUGCAGUGAGGUGUGUCCCUUCGCUUGGAGAAACUCAAGGCAUGAGGAGCUUCAGACCUGUUCUUGUUGCUUGCUGUGAGGGAUAGGCAGAGAACUUGACAGUUUUCUUGUCUGUGCAUAACGCUUCUUGUCUUCCUCCAUCCUGCAGUCUUCGUAAGUGCAUCUUAGCAUAUUUACCACAGUGGGCACCGUUCCAUGCGUCCAUGCCCUUUGAUUGGCACUUGAAUGUACAGUACAUGCUUUACCUUCAGGCCCACGUUGUGCCGUAUUCAUUGUCAUAGAAGUUUUUACAAGUUGUACUUAUCAGCGAUUAAAGG